AUGUCUUCCAACACGAUGGUCCGCAGAAAGAAGAAUGUCAAGAAGGGCAUUCAGUUCUGCUUGAUGGUCUGUGGUGCUUCAGGAACCGGCCGAACCACCUUCGUCAACACCCUUUGCGGCAAGGACGUCCUUGAGCACAAGGAGUCUGAUGAUGCCCACGAUGCCCACAACGAGGAGGGCGUUAAGAUCAAGCCCGUCACAGUCGAACUCGAGCUUGAUGAGGAAGGUACACGCAUUUCUCUCACCAUCGUCGAUACCCCCGGAUUCGGCGACUCCAUUGACAACGAGGCUAGCUUUGCCGAGAUCGUUGGCUACCUCGAGCGACAAUAUGAUGACAUCUUGGCCGAGGAAUCUCGAAUCAAGCGUAACCCGCGAUUCAGAGAUAACCGUGUCCAUGCCAUGCUCUACUUCAUCACACCUACCGGACACGGUCUCCGCGAACUCGACAUUGAACUCAUGAAGCGUCUCGCUCCUCGCGUCAACGUUAUUCCUGUCAUCGGCCGUGCCGACUCCCUUACACCUGCUGAGCUUGCCGAAUCAAAGAAGCUCGUCAUGGAAGAUAUUGAGCACUACCGCAUCCCUGUCUACAACUUCCCCUACGAUGUUGAUGAGGAUGAUGAAGACACUGUUGAAGAGAACGCUGAGCUCCGUGGCCUCAUGCCUUUCGCUAUUGUCGGUUCUGAGGAUGUUGUUGAGAUCGGUGGUCGCAGAGUCCGUGCCCGUCAGUACCCCUGGGGUGUAGUUGAGGUUGACAACCCCCGCCACUCCGACUUCCUCGCCAUUCGAUCCGCCCUUCUUCACAGCCAUCUUGCCGACCUCAAGGAAAUCACCCACGACUUCUUAUACGAGAACUACCGUACCGAGAAGCUCUCCAAGAGCGUGGAUGGCCCUGGAGGUGUUGAUAGCUCGAUGAACCCCGAGGAGCUGGCCUCUCAGUCCGUUCGCCUCAAGGAGGAGCAGCUUCGCCGUGAAGAGGAGAAGCUCCGCGAGAUAGAGCUCAAGGUUCAACGUGAAAUUAACGAGAAGCGCCAGGAGCUUUUGGCUCGUGAGUCUCAGCUCCGCGAGAUUGAAGCCCGUAUGCAACGUGAGGCUGCUGCUCAAUCAAGCCCUAUGCCCUCUGAGGCAAACGGCAAAGACGAAGAGUAA